AUGUCUUAUGAUGAAAUGCUUCAACUCCGCACAGAGAUCAGCAAACUCACGAGUGAUUCACUCAGCAAAGUCGUCGAAGUUGUAAGAGGCAGAGGAGAGUUUUCGGUGGCUACACAACGUCGUUUGAGAAACAAGCGGGGAACAAGGAAGGUCGCUGAUGGAAAACCUGAGCCUGCUAUGUCUUAUGAUGAAAUGCUUCAACUCCGCACAGAGAUCAGCAAACUCACGAGUGAUUCACUCAGCAAAGUCGUCGAAGUUGUAAGAGGCAGAGGAGAGUUUUCGUUCGAGAACUCAAGGCUCUUCUUAGCUGCCGUUCAGGAGCAGGAACCGCAACAGACGAAUGAUAAUGAGCUGAGCGAAACCAGAAAGUUGAGGCUACGGAUGAGAAGUCCAAUGAAGUUCUUUCGUCUGAGCAAUCGGACGAGAGCGAUGAUUGUAACACGGAAGUCACUGAUGCUGCUCGCCCAUUAG